AUGGGAUCAAGAUCAUCAAAACGGCAGCCUCCUCAAUCAAGCAUAACAACCUCUGAAGACUCUUCUGAUAAUGAAGUAAAUUCAUUCACAUGCGAUGAAAUACACCGUAUACCUAUCGAUCAAUCUGAUACUAUUGGAUCUCUUUACGAUGCAAGGCAGGAUCUCUUACUCAAAGUUUCAGCAUUGAAUAUUCGUUCUGCUGUGACUACAUUAGAAAAACCAGAGACGUAUCCAGAAAUAAAUAUUGGUAAACUAAAAGGCAAAAAGUUAUCUGAUGUAAUUGGUAUUGAUAAAGAAUUAUACUUGAGCAUAUACUUAAAAAUAGUAGAUUCCGAUGGAAUAUCUUCGUCAAUUAAACAUCCAUUUACAAUCAAUAAAUAUACUAGAUUCCUUUCUUAUUACUAUCCGACAAAACAAAAUCAGUUGAAUAAUAAGCAUACUAUUGUUAAAUCGAAAAAUAUUGAAAAACUAAUAGCUAACACUAAUAUAACUCACGUUGUCACUACAAUUAAAUACGGAAUUCAUGUUAUGAUUGUACUACAAUUAUCACCUAAUGAUCAAUCUGAUCUUGAUCAACUACUUGAGAAAAUAAAAGAACAGCUGACUGAAAACACUUUUGAUAUAUCAACAACUGAACAGAAUCGAUUUACUCAUACAAAAGUUUUUUCCAAUAUACCUGAUAUUGCUAGAUUAAAAAAAUUAGCUGAUGUUUGUCAAAAACUAACUGAUAUAAAAUCAGAUUUUUCACAACAUCGUCCAAUAGAAUACACUCUUCAACCAAUUAGACACUUUUGUCCAUCAUACCCGAUAGAAAAGGCAAGAUUUGUUCCACUCAAUCAACAAUACAUGGAUCAAAUAGAACCAUACUUGCAUCAGUUAUCGUUACGUAGAAGAAAAUGGAACAUAUCACUCAAUAUUGAAGAAAAACAAUUGCUUGAAAAAUAUCUUAUGCAAGCAUAUGAGGAAUUUCGACAACAAAACUCUACUGUUGCCGAACUCUAUCACGUAAGAGUAGAACAAAAGAAAAAUUUAAUUUUACAAAUUCGCAACGGAGACAUUAAACAAGAUCCACUGUCUAAACCAUUGAUCGAUACAGAAGAUGAAACAUUGUUAAAGGCAAUCAGUGAUGUUAUUAAACUCUGUAAUACAUUUAGAGAAAAAGCACAGUUAAUCGACAAUUUGAUGAAACAAGACAUCGAAUAUCUCAAUGUGAAAGAAGGUCUCACGAAAGAUGAUAACAAUUUGAAAAGAAUUAAGACACAGAUUGUGCAUGACAACGAAAAGAAAUUCAUUUAUUGUUUUGAUGAGAAAUUAGAAAAGCUAAAUUCAUCAAAUUGGAAUGCUUUCUAUACUCAAUUAAUUAAUGAACGCAAAAAUAAUUCUAAACUAGAACUCGUUUAUGCUGAUUUUUCCUACUGUUCAUGUCAAUUAUCACAAAUGGAAAUCCUACCAUCGAAAGAAAUUGACCAACUGCGAAAGGCUUCACGAGCAGAAUCAACUUUAAACUCUACGCCAUCAUCAUCCAAAACAAAACAUCCUAAUGAAUCAAAUUUAUCAAGAAACAAUAUUAUUAAUGUACUUCUUCUAGGUGAAUCUGGUGUUGGAAAAUCAACAUUCGUCAAUGCCAUUGUCAAUUACUUUAACUUUGACACUCUUCAAAAAGCUCGUUCUAGUGAACCUAUUGUACUAAUGCCUGUUUCAUUUCUUAUGACAGUUGGUGAUAAAUUUGAAGAAAAAAUCAUUCGAUUUGGUGAUGAAGAUCCCAAUGAGAAUCAUCAUCAUCCAGGUCAAUCAGUAACUCAACAUUGUAGAUCAUAUGUUUUUACUAUUGAUAGUCGAACGAAAGUAAGACUAAUUGAUACACCUGGAAUGGGAGAUACUCGUGGACUUGAUCAAGAUGAUCUCAACAUGGAACAUAUAAUAUCAUUUAUUACUAAUCUAUCACAUUUAAAUGCUAUUUGUAUACUUCUUAAACCUAAUGAAUCAAAACUAAAUGUUGUUUUACAUUCAUACUUUAAUCGAUUAUUAAGCUUUCUAGGUGAAUCUGUUCAUCAUAAUAUAAUUUUUUGUUUCACUAAUACUCGAGGAACAUUCUUUGCACCUGGUAAUACUGGACCUUUACUCAAAUCAAUGCUUGCGUCAUGUUCAUUUAAGGAUAUUCUAUUUAAAAAAACAAAUACAUUUUGUUUUGACAAUGAAUCAUUUCGAUAUUUAGUUGCCUGUAAAAAAAACAUCGAAUUCGAUGAUUAUCAAAAAGAAGAAUACCAACACAGUUGGGUAACUUCAGUGAACGAAACAAAUCGUCUUAUGCAAUAUGUUUGUAAAGAACUGAAGCCUUCUUUACAAAAGGAUUGGACAUCCAUUGAACAUGCUCAAUUUCAAAUCAAUCGAAUGAGUCGACCUUUAUUGGAAACAAUAAAAAAUACAAUACGAAAUAUGAUAUUACUGAAUAAGAGUUCAUCUAAAUCAUUAAUAAGAUUAUGUCCAAGUUCUGUUAAUACUAAUUCAUAUAUCUGCAUGGAAUGCAAGCGUUCGAUUAUAAAAUAUGAUGACAUUUGGAUUUUGCGAGAUGAACUACAUAUUCUUUCAGAUCGAUGUGACCGAUGUCAGUGUGAUUUGUCACGACAUUCUAAAGCAAAUUAUAUACUUAAGUAUGAACCGUACGAAAAGAAACAAAAACCAUCUCUUGAUGAGAUGAAGACCAAUUUAGAUCAAUUGAAACAUAUAAUUAUCCAAUUUGCUUAUUUUUAUAAGUAUCUUGUUCAUAUGACAAAAGAAAAUGAUCCCCUAUUAUCUGUUCUGAGUAGAAUGAUCAAUGAAGAAAAAACUAUUUGUUCAUACAAAGAAAAUCAUAUUCUUAAUGCAAAUUUAUAUGAUGAACUAAAAAGCUUUAGAAAUGAAUAUGAAAAAGUAUGGCCCGUCAAAAUGUCAAACCAAAAAUCUUUAAGUUUAAUGAACGUAUACAGUUUAAUAAAAAAUGCUCGUGAAAUGAGAGAAAUUAAUGAACAAUUAUCAAUGAUGAAACAAACGGAAGAUAUCUAUAUGAAUGAACAUGAAAAACAGGUGUCGAAAGGUUCAGUCAAUAAUGGAAUUGACAAAAUUCAUAAAAAACAUUGA